GUUGCGAGUAGGAAAGGUUCCCUGGUUGGAGGUCUCUCUCUUGUGAGUCUUUUGUGUGAACUUUGCUCUUCAGAGAUGGGAGGGGAAGUCCCUUAUACAACCCUGGCAACACGACUGAUGAUGGGGGCUUGGUGGCUUUUUGCUUUGAUUGUCAUCUCCUCCUACACAGCAAACCUAGCUGCUUUCCUCACCAUCACACGCAUUGAGAACUCUAUCCAGUCUCUCCAGGAUCUCUCAAGGCAGACGGAUAUUCCUUAUGGCACUGUCUUGGACUCUGCGGUCUAUGAACACGUUCGAGUGAAAGGGAUGAAUCCUUUUGAGAGGGACAGCAUGUAUUCCCAAAUGUGGCGGAUGAUUAACAGAAGCAAUGGUUCGGAGAACAACGUCUUGGAGUCGACCGCAGGCAUUCAAAAGGAAGAACAGAGAUAAGGGUUAUCCGCCAACUGCUGUUCACAUGAAAGCUUUUGGAAGAUCACAUUUGGAUUGCUCAGGAAGAAAGUUCUGUUGAUUUACAAGCAAACACAAGAAAUACCACUGAAGCUGUCCCUUUCAGGAGUCAUUUGAGAUAAUUCUCCCUCAGCUGGAAGAUGAAUGUGAUGAUAAAAGCUAUUCUUAGGCAUGGAAAAUGAGAGUAGAGUGGAAUGGAACAGUUCUGUUGAAAGGGACUUUCAAAGAUUACCUAUUGUAACUACCCAUCCUCUUCAGGGCUAGCCAACAGUUACUGUGUAACAGUGUGUUACUGAAGGCAUUAUACCAAUGACUCUCGAAUGCUGCCAGGCGUGGGUCAUCAACCAUCUCCCUAGGAAGCCUGUUCUAGUGCUUGAGCAGCCUUAUGAGUGGUAUCCUUUACAAAAGAUAAUUGAUAAAAGGCAGGGACUAUGAUCUGUGGAAUAGCUUGAAAGACAACAUUUUACAGGAAGGAAUUGGUGGGUCCCCUCUGCCUGUAUAUAUACUUCGUAAUGCUCUUCGGAGCCUUAAAUGAAUUUAGCAGGUCUGCACCAGGGCCACUAACACAACCAAAUUAUAGUUCUGGAGAAAACGAACCACUGGCUGUCCCUUUGUGCUUUGUUAACCAAUAUGAAAGCAUCGCACAGGAGUGGGAUGUCCGCGCCCUGCUGCACUUUCUUUGAGGUGAGCAGAGUUUGCAAGUACCCAUCACAAGAUGACAGGUUUAGACAGUCAGGCAUCAGGAUAUUGAAAAGGCUUAACCAAGCAUUUUUAUUAUAUCUUAAAGUCCCUCUGUUUUGUCUAACUUCUGUUCUUCAAAUAUUUGGAGGAAAGUAGCAGUAGAAUGUAUCUUUAAACAGGAGGAGGGGGAUCAAAUGCUGAUGUCUUCAGCGUAUUAUUCCUUGCUUAGCAGGAUGGUGCGUUUGCUGGACCAGAGACUUCAUGGAGAAUCACACCUGUGCAAAUGAGAGCAAGUUUUAGCCAAAUGACAGUGAUUACAUAAUCC